AAUCAGUCACCGGCGGUGAAAGGAGGAGAAGGAGCAAAAACAAUGGCGAAGCCUUCUUCUUCAGCUUUCUUCUCUGAAACCACUUCUCGUCUCCCAGACGACACCGUCUUCUUCUCUAUAUUCCCUGACUCAUCUCUCUCCGGCGCCGGAUCAGAAACCUCCGCCGCACUUCAAUCGCUACACUUAGAAAUCAUCGAUUUCGUUUCGCCGUUUACUUCUCCUUACAUAUGGCAGCACGAACCCUUCUCUCUUUCCAUCGCGCUCUCCUCCUCUUGUGCUUGUACCGAUACUGCUAUGCCUCAUCUCCACGGGAAGCUCAAGUACGGCGACAAUCUGGAGGACGAAUGGUUCGCUGUGUUCUUGCUUUUUCGUAUCUCUGCUGCGUUUCCGUCUAAUUCAAUCCGUGUUUGGGACACCGACGGCGAGUUUCUCCUAAUCGAAGCUGCUUUUCACCUCCCGCGGUGGCUUAAUCCGGAGACUAGUCUCAAUCGUGUCUUCAUUCGCGGUGGUGACCUCCACAUCGUUCCCAGAAGCCGCUUGCCUGAUCCUUCUUUAGUUGCGUCUCUGCGAUUUCUAAUCGAGCGUGGUAACGAAUCUCGUGCGACGGAUUCUGUUCAAUCCGCGUUGAAGAAUCGGAUUUCUGAUUAUCCCGAAAGAGCGUGGAGGAAUAUGCACCGUGUUAGGGUUAGGGUUCCGAUAUCAGUAGCUCAAGUGCUUAGACACGAACCUUUGUUGAUUUCGCUUGCAGUGGAAGGGUUUUACGAUCGUGAUGUUGAUUCAAUGAAGCACGCAGCGAAGAUGGAGAAGUUCUUGUGCAAAGGAAGAGACGAGGAGCUUGUGCUUGUUCUUGUUAAGAUGUCUCGUGCAAUGUACGGGCAGCUAGUGCAGCAGAAGUUUCAAGCACCAAAUUGUUAUCCUAUGCCCAGUGUUAGCGACAGGGAUGCUUACACUGAAGCUGAGCUAGGAAUGAAAAUAGCUUGUGGUUUGGAAAUGAUGUAUCAGCAGAGGAAAAAAGGAGGAGAAGAUGGGAAAGGAAUUAGUUGGAGCAAUUAUAAGGAAAAUCUUGAGAAGAAUGGUUAUUUUGAAGGAUUGCUUUAUGGUUCGAAGGAAUACAAGAGGUUGAUGGAGAAUGCUGAGGAAUACUACCAGAAGAGUUCUUCGUUUUCAAGGGCAAGAGACAUUAUGAGUGCGCCAGUGAGACGUAUUGAUGAGAUUCUUGCUCUACCAUUUACAGAGGAUGACUUCAAGGGUCUGGAAGUUCCUGUUUCUGACAGUGAUUCUUGGCUCUACGAUGGUGAAGAUGAGCUAAACUCUGUUCUUCAAGAGAGGCAGAAGGAGAUGGAGUUUUAUAACUCUAAGAAGGAACGCAAAAAGAAAGCAAAGGAGAAGCAAGAAGCUGGAAGCUCAUCUGAUGCAAACAUGAACAAUUUUGAUCUCGGGGAUAUCUCAAAGUCGAUGCAGCAAUUCAUCCAGAAUGUAUCAAGCUACAAAGGAGCAGAAGUGCCAGAAAGCAGGGAUUUUAAAGAAGUAAAUUUAGAUGUUGAUCGUUUCAUGAAGGAUAUUGAGUCAGCGCUAGGGAGCCAAGCUCAUGACGAACAUGCUGGUGACGAAAGCGAUGGCUCUGAAGGAUCUUCGAUGGACAUGGAUUUUGAUGACUUUGAAGAUGAUAGCGAAGGAGAAGAAUCUAAUGAGGAUGCUAAGGAAAGUUUUAAGGAAUCCUACUAUGGAGUAAUGAAUGAGGAACUGAAAAACUCAACUCUUGAGAAAAGCUUUGAACAUGUGAAUCAACAUUCAUCUAAGCAAAAAGAGGAAUCAUCAAAGACUUCAGAUGAGAAGGACGAUGAAUUUACACCAAUUGAUGCAGAUUUCAACCUCGUCAAGAAUCUACUUGAAUCCUACUCUUCACAGCAAGGACUCCCUGGUCCUGCUUCCAAUUUGCUCGGUCUCAUGGGUUUGCAGCUUCCAAAGGAUUCUAACGAGAAAAACUGAAUGCUGACACAGAUGUAGUUUUGGUUUACUUUUUUGUUUCAUCACAUUAAUUUUGCUAAGUUUCUUAGAUUUAUUCUCGUGUGCCACGCUGUUGGAUUUCUUGUGUUGUCGGAAGAAAGUACAUGACAUGUGAAAUUCAAGAAAACAAACUUAUGUA